AUGGAUUUGGAGUACCUUGCCUCAGUAGGCAUACUGGGUUACCAGUCUGGACUGUGGCCUUCGCCCUGUGAAUCUCAGCCCUCUGCAGCCGGGGCAGAGAACGAGGUUGACAUUGCAGAGCAGGACGAGCUGUUUAGCUCAGGGGAGGUCAGGAUCCCCUCGGCUUUGAACAAUGUGUUCUUUCAGAUUGACUUCAGCUUGGCUUCGGUGGCACCACCGAGCUUCGCGGCAUGUGUGUUGGCGCUGAACCGUCAUGGCCUGCCGCUCUCCAAGGAGCUCUCUCUAGACAUCGACGACAUGGAUAUUUCGGCCAUCGCUGAGGUCCUCAGCGUUUUUGGGCAGCUGCAGCAGCUGCAAAGGCAUUGCUUCCUGGCUGCUACUGGCCUUCCGCCAAUGUUUCGACAUGUACCGCCUGCAGCGUCAUUGUGCCGUAUCUUCGCCAUGGCCCAGGUUCGCAGGUGCAAAGUGCACUUUCAGCACUCAAGUUCUGAAGAAUUCGUUUGCUCUUACUUUGAUGCAAUGUGCGAAGACUUGCAGGUCUCUGCCAGAGACUUCGAGGGGCUCUAUACCCUCACAGAGGUGCUUCCGUCAGUGUACAGUGUGCAUACCGAUUCUCGGCUCGUUCUUGGCAGCACAUUCUUACGAUUCCAAGAAUACUACGAAUGCCCAAAUCCCGAGAUACGGCAUCAUGCCUUCGAAUUUAAUCAGUUCAAGACGUGGUACGUCCAGAAAAACCGCGGCGGCUUUGACUACUACCUCCAGUGGCCGGGAUUCAACAUACCAAGUUGGGUGCUGGAUGAUGCGCGAGCUGGAAAGCUUGGCUCACCUUUGCGACCGCAGGAACUGCCUGCAGGGCCUUUUCAUUGGCCAUCCACCAAUGAUGAGAGGGAUGGCCCCCUGCUUUCUUAA